UGCACUGUUCAUAUCUGCUCCGCUCUCUAAUGCCUUUAAAGAAUUCUAUUUGGCAGACGCGUAAUCAUGUUUAUGAACAGAUGAAAACACAACAUGGACAGGCUUUGUAAUGUUUGCCUAAAUAGUGCGUAAAAAGCAGCCUACCUAUCCUUCUUUUCGGAUACUCUGGAUAUUUCUAUAUUGUGGUUUUCCAUUGAUUCUCUUUUUAAGUUGGAGAGGUGCGUUUCUGAUGAUGGCAUUUGCCAUGUUGCGGCCUAUGGCAACUCAUCUCGUGUACCCAGAUCACAACAUGCUGUCGGAGGAUGAGGAAAACCGCAGCGAAAGCGAUGGCAGCUCAGACCAAAGUUAUGGGUGUUGUGCAAACGCGGACAAACGGCGGCGCAUGUCCCGCAAAUCCGGAGUGAGCAGUUUGGUCAUCGUAAAACAAAGGAAUGCGGCCAACGCGCGGGAACGGGAUAGGACGCAAAGUGUCAAUACGGCAUUUACAGCAUUACGGACUCUAAUUCCUACGGAGCCGGUUGACAGAAAGCUCUCCAAGAUUGAGACGCUUCGGCUGGCAUCCAGCUACAUCUCUCACUUAGCCAACGUCCUGCAUAUAGGUGACGGUAGCGAGGACGCACAGCCGUGCCUGAGCGCAGUGUAUAGCGCGCAAGGGGAAAGCGGUGGGAAGCAGCCGCGUACCAUCUGUACUUUCUGCCUUAGCAAUCAGAGGAAAGGGGUAAAAGAUGGCAAAGACUGUCUCAGAAUGCGAGGAAUAACGUCUUUGCGAAUGAGCCGCCGAUAGCCGACUGUGAAACCUCGCCGCUUUAGUUGUGACAUGUCGAACUCAGGGAAGCUCGGGGAGAAGCGCCGGUCCGCCAGAGAACGUAGAGACUUAUUUUAAAGUACUAGUAAGUGAUUCAAGAGACAGCUCUUUAUGUACUUUCUUUUUCAUUUCUUUGAACAUUUUAAAAUGCAGUGCAUACACUUUUGUCAAGAGAGAGUCUAUAGAUUUGUUUUUAAAUGUGUGAACACAAGGUCUGUACCCCACAGUGAAAAAAAAUAAAGUAUAUUUUUGUCAGA